UCUUAGACGGGAUUCAAUUUUCUUGUACGAAACUUCUGAGAGUGAAGUUUGAUUUUUCAAUUCAUGGAAACAAUGCAACACCACUCAUUUUUUAUUUCCAAAUAAAUUGGUGGAGGCUAUUCACAAACGCACAAAGCAGCUCAAGUCAGCGUUUUAUGAUCAUGUCCUUUCACAUUUUGAGAUGAAGGGAUUCAUCUGAUCAGUGUUUUUUGUUAUGCCCACAAGAUGUUUGUUGAUUUUUCUGCUAGAUUUAUACCUCUUGUUUGUAUCUGUAUUUUCUUGCAAAAUUUAGUCUUGUCUUCUCCAAUAAGCACAUCUCAGUGUCCUAUGAACAAAGCAGCUCAAGUCAGCGUUUUAUGAUCACGUCCUUUCACAUUUUGAGAUGAAGGGAUUCAUCUGAUCAGUGUUUUUUGUUAUGCCCCCAAGAUGUUUGUUGAUUUUUCUGCUAGAUUUAUACCUCUUGUUUGUAUCUGUAUUUUCUUGCAAAAUUUAGUCUCGUCUUCUCCAAUAAGCACAUCCCAGUGUCCUAUGAAUUUCAACUAUGUUCUAACAAUCCAUUGGGACUCAUCUGCCUGCAAAAACAAUGGAGAAAACCCUGACUUUGAUGGCUCUAGCAGUUGUUGCCAGACUCUUAUCAGCCUUUAUGGCAUUGGAUUUGCCCAACACCUCAAGCAGACGUCUCAAUUCCGCCUUCCUGAUCUCUCCACUUCCAUUUCUUGCCUUUCUGAUUUUCAAACUAGGCUCAAUUCUCUGUCCCUCAAUGAAAAUCUCAUUUCUAUGUGUUUUGAACCUCAUCGUUUCGUCAACACCACUAACAUAUGUGCCAAUAUUCAAACGAAGCAGGAUUGGCUCGCGGCUUUAGGACCCUCUACUUCCCUAGACACUGGUUGCAGCGAAGACCUUUCUGACCUCACUGCCUGUGAUGCAUGUGUUCAUGCUGGUUUUCAGGUUCAGGCACGAUUGCUAGCAAUCGAUGGCAAUAGUUCUCACUCGAAAGGUUGCUUUUACUACGCAAUUCUAUAUGCUGCAGGAAUAGUAAAUAAGUUUGGUCCUGAAAGUAUCGGUGCACUUACCUGCAUUUUUGGACUGCCUUUGUCCUUGCAAGCAGUUUCAAGGGGUACGGUCGAAUUGGCUCUGAUAUCUGGAUCAGUUGGAGCAGCUUUUGCCAUUUCGAUCGUGUUAUGCUCAAUAGGUUGCUUCAUCUGGUGGGAAUCGUGGGAUAGUAGGAAAAAAAGGCAGGAAGUUUCAGUAGGCUUUUCAAGUUUGGAGUCUGAUGCAGAUGAUAAUAAAUUGCUGCACUGGGAGCCCCAGAUCGGGUCAACCUGGUUCAAGAGUGAUGAUCUUGACAAAGCAACCAAAAAUUUUUCUUCCAAGAAUUUCAUUGGGGAAGGUCAGUUUGGAGUUGUUUACAAAGGGAAAUUACCCGAUGGAACCAUGAUCGCGGUCAAGAAGAUCAUAGAUUCAGAUUUUCAAGUGGACACUGAUUUUAUCCGGGAAGUUGAGAUCAUUAGCACCUUGAAACACCGAAAUCUAGUGCCCUUUCGAGGCUGUUGUGUCUCGAGAGGAAGUAACUACAACGAAGAGGAGGACAAGAGAUACCUAGUCUACGAUUAUAUGUCAAAUGGAAAUCUACACGACCACUUGUUCUUCUCUGAGAAAGGUAAAUUCAAAAAUGGAAAGAGGCCACUUACUUGGCCUCAGAGGAAGAGCAUAAUUUUGGAUGUAGCAAAUGCACUAGCUUAUCUUCACUAUGGAGUGAAGCCACCUGUAUAUCAUAGGGAUAUUAAGCCCACAAACAUACUGUUAGAUUCGUACAUGAGAGCACGAGUUGCAGACUUUGGACUGGCAAAACAAGGAAGUGAAGGCGAUUCCCAUUUCACUACAAGAAUUGCAGGAACUCAUGGUUAUUUGGCUCCAGAAUAUGCUUUAUACGGUCAAUUGACAGAAAAGAGUGAUGUUUACAGUUUUGGAAUAGUUAUUCUGGAAAUAAUGUGUGGAAGAAAGGCUCUUGAUUUAUCAUCACUGGAAAAUCCAAACACAUUCUUGAUCACGGAUUGGGCUUGGUCGCUAAUGAAAGCCGGUAGGGUGAAAGAAGUUUUUGAUCCUUUCUUGUUGGAAGAUGAGGGUUCUGUAAAUAGAUAUCCGAAAGAAAUAAUGGAAAGGUUUCUUCUGGUUGGACUUUUGUGUGCUCAUUUGAUGGUGGCUUUAAGGCCUACGAUACUGGAUGCCCUGAAAAUGCUUGAAGGUGAUACUGAAGUUCCUGUGAUUCCUGAUAGGCCAAUUUAUACUCAUGAAAGUGUGUUAAUAUCUGCGUUGACGCGGAAGAAUCCUUAACCGAAGUCGGGGAAAUGUGUUUUAUUGAUUUUUUUUUUUUGGCCUUCUGUACAUAUUUCUUGUGUUAGCAUAGAGUUUAUGCAUAAUGAACAAACUGCUGUCAGAAUUAAACUUUCAGAAACCUUGUACACCAUUUAAACUACUAGUUAAUGUCAAUUUAGAAAGUGGAUUUUGUGCUUACUUUAUCAA